GCCAGCCAACCAGAACUCGAUCAAAGAAGUGGCGGAACCUUCCAGAAGUCCGGAGAAGGAGGUGCGGGAGAGAGAGGAGGGCAAGACGCCGGAGCCCCAGCCAGGGGAGCGGCCCGACGGCGGGACAGGUGGCGCCGUGUCCUCGGAGAUGCCCGCCGGAGGAGAGACCAAUUCGCCAGCGGUGCCUGAUGCUUUGCCUCAGUUGUCUUUGAAUGGAGGGCCAACAGAGAUGUAGCCAACACAAGUUGAAUAGAGAUAUUUAUCUCCCCCUGUCACAUGACCUGAGUCGACCCUCAAGAAGAGGCAGUUCACCAGGUUCAACGCACAGGAAAUACAUUUUUUUGAGUAAAUUGAAAAAGUUUAUAAAGCGUUUCCCUUUUGAGAUUACUUUGUUUCCAAAUAAUUAUAUAUCAAUAUUUUGAGACUAAUUAUGUAUCAUAAUAUAUUUCAUUUCAUUUAAUUUGUUUAUUAAUAUCAGACCUUUUUGGGGUUGCUGGUUUUAUAAUGGUUAUAUGAAUUAUGUACAUGUUCCGAUUUAAAUGGUCUGUCUUAAGUUGCAUUAAUGUAUUUUUCUGGGUUAAUUAAAUUAUUAGUAUUAAAAUUAAGUUGUAAUUUUCAUCCAGAAAUAAAAAAUAUAUAUUUACAAUAAGUCUAUUCAGACUGACUUGAAGAUGCGGUACUUAUAAAGUGUUCUUCCAUCAAUUAGAUUUUUUUAUUUGAUUUGUUUGUUUUAUAUUUUAUCAAAACAUCUGUGACCAGUCACUGGUACACGUAAACACUGUACAUGCAGUGUUGCUAUAUAUCUGUCAAGACUUCUGCUGAAAACACUUUAAAGAAUGGAAGCUGUGUUUGUGUACAUUGAAAUUAAAUUUAUCGGUUUGACUCUGUGUCAUUGUGUUCAUUGUGUUUCAUUAUGUGAACAUCCUGCUGGGAGAAAUAAAACAGUCAAUCCACGUCACCGUCAAGCAUGGUGUUUAAAGAAAAUGAAAUAUUUUCAUCGUGACACUCAUUAGCCCAGGACGCCUACUGUACAUUUUUCCUGCAUUUCUAUCUCUAAUAUUUGUCCUUUCCAGAGACUUACUUUUCUGUUUAACUGGACAUUUGUCUGCACAAGGGGCUUUCAACCUUUUCUGAUCCAGGGACCCCCACGUAGACUCAAAGGCGUCUAGGGGACCCCAAGAUAACGAUGGUUAUAUUUUUAAAAAGUUUAAUAUUUUCUCAAAUCUAUACAGUCACUGCGUCCCAGGUUUGGCCGGGACCCUGUUCAGUGCUUCCAAGGACCCCCAGGGGUCCGUGGGCCCUUGUUGAAAACCCAGGCUGUGCACUCUUCCAUCCUUUUGUAAUGCUCAAUAGUCUCUUUUUGUUUUCUCCAAGCGCAGAUCUCAAUAAUUGACAUUUAUUUAAAAGUACCGUAUUGUACAAUUUUCUUAUAAAUUAUGUUGACAUGCAUUCCUGAUUGCUUUCAUGUGUUAUCAUGUGUUUUUUUUUUUUCUUUCCUUCUUUUUUGCAGUCAUCAGCUGCAAAUUUGCAAUGAUGGCACUGGAAUGUUUGUCAAGGGCAGUCCAAUAAAAACAUGUUUAUGAUUAAAAAAAACAAAAACAAAAAAGACUUGUAUUAGUGACUGACCAAUGUAUCAGUGUGUGAAUAGCGAGUUUUUCUAAAUCGUAUGGGGAAAAAAAAAAAAAAAAAAAAAGCCGCGGGAUGGUACCGCGUGACGUAAUGGAUGAGGAACCAGGAGCACCUGUUUGUAGAGGGCGUUUGGAACAGACAGUCGGAAAUCGGCAGGACAAGCAUGGACACCGUAGAGGCGAACACUUGAAUCCAGGGACAGCGGGUACGGUGAUGUGGAGGUGGUGUUCAAUAGGUUACUGAAUGCAGUACGAUGACACCUGGGACGCGGUCGGGCCACCACGAGUGACAUGAGCGAAGCCCUGGAAGACGUGCGCGCCUCUCGGAGCCUGCCGGAGAAAGGGGCCGUUUUUCGGGGCGCCAGGGGAGACGGGAGCGUCUGCUCCGGCCCGGCCAUCGCCCCCCUGAGCUCGUCGCUGCCUCUCCCGAACAGGACGGCCCUCCUCAAGGCAAAUAGGAAAAGCAAAGAAGGGGAAGAGACUCUGGCAUCCCAUAUUCCGAAUCCUUUCCCAGAGCUUAUUCCUCCCGACUCCUCUGUCAUCUCGGAAUGCUUAUUACCAUGGACCAAAAGCAGUGCUACUCAGGUGAUAAAAGUGUACAACGAGGAUAACACUAAUCGGGCGAUAGAGGUCCCGUGUGACAUCACUGCGCGGGACAUUUGCCAGCUCUUCAUUUUAAAGAACCACUGCGUUGACGACCACAACUGGACUCUCUUUGAGCAGCUCUCGCAACUGGGCAUAGAGAGAACCAUAGAAGACCAUGAGUCAGUCAUGGAGGUGCAGGCAUCCUGGGAUGUUGAUGCUGACAACAGACUGUAUUUCAGAAAGAAUUAUGCCAAAUAUGAAUUCUUCAAGAAACCCCUGGACUUUUUCCCGGACCACAUGGUGUCUACAUCAAAUGAAACCAAUGGGAUAAUGAACCACUCUCAGCUAAUACAGACGUUUCUAAGCUCAAGCACCUGCCCGGAAAUUCACGGGUACCUUCAUGCUAAGGAGUUCGGAAGAAAAUGCUGGAAGAAGUUCUACUUUGUUUUACGGAGGUCUGGACUCUACUACUCCAACAAGGGGAUGUCCAAGGAACCCAGGCAUCUCCAGUUCAUCGCCGAGUUCAGUGACAGCGAUGUGUACACUUUGCUGUCCGCUAGAAAGACGCAAGGUGCCCCAACCGACUAUGGGUUCUGCAUUAAGCCUAACAAAUCGAGUUCCCCGCGAGACCUGAAGCUGCUCUGCGCAGACGAGGAGCACAUCAGGACCUGCUGGGUGACCGCCAUUCGCCUUUUCAAGUAUGGAAUGCAGCUGUACCAAAACUUCAUCCAGCCACAUCAGAAGCAGAGAGCCUCACCUAUGAGAAGCAUAUCAGAGAACUCGCUGGUGGCCAUGGACUUCUCAGGACACAAGAGCCGGGUGAUUGAGAACCCCUCAGAAGCUCUGUCCGUGGCUGUGGAGGAGGGCCUCACCUGGAGGAGGAAGAGCUGCCAUCGACUGAGUUGUCACGGGAGCCCCUCCGCUUCGCAGAGCCCCCUGUCAAACUUAGCUAUCCACAGAGCACAGCCCUGGUUCCACAGCAAGCUCUCCAGAGAUGAGGCUCACCGUCUGAUUGCAGAGCAAGGUCUUAUUGAUGGGGUGUUUCUGUUGAGGGACAGUCAAAGCAACCCUAAGACGUUUGUCCUGUCACUCUGUCACGCACAGAGAAUCAAACAUUUUCAGAUCUUACCCGUGGAGGAUGAGGGUGAGCUGUUCUUCAGCCUGGACGACGGUCACACGCGGUUCAGCGAUCUGAUCCAGCUGGUAGAGUUCCACCAGCUGAACCGGGGAAUUCUGCCCUGCAGACUGAAGCACCCGUGCACCAGGAUCGCCCUGUGAGCCCGGCACUGACAGGAGCGCCCCAGUCACAGGAGCCCCGGGGAGAGUAACCAGCUUGUUCCGUGCCUUGGACAGGACGUGCACUUGAGCAAACCCAGCCCAAAUCGUCCGUGCAUCACCAGCUCCACCAACCUGUCUUUGAUUCCUGCCAACCCUCCUUUCAUUUUCUCGAAGAGGAGAGAAAACAUGAUGAGAAUGUUUGGGAAACACAGUAUAUUAAGUUGUGUGAUUGUGUGUGGUACAUGCACUGUAGGCUAACACACCCUAAGCUGUCCUAACACUUGAAUCCCUGACUGUUAAAAAAAAUGUAUAUAUAUAUAUAUAUAUAUAUAUAUAUAUAUAUAUACAUAUAUCCUAUAACUUGGUGAGAGGCUAAGAAAAGGAAUAUGAUCAGAGCAGAUAUUUACUGUCUGUGUAUGGUGCCGUUCCUUUUAAACUCCCGUUGAUGUACUGUAUAUAUUGUAAAUCACAAUUUGUUUGCAUAAUAUAUGCGAACACAUGACCGUGUAUGGCCUGAAGGGAUAAAGACUCCAGGUAACAGAUACAGUGGUUCAGCUUAAAGCUACACGGCACUAUCGUGUAAUCAUCUGAAAUGAACUUAAGCGGGCCCCAAAAUCGACAGUUCAUCUGUAACUUUAGCCUACAGUUUAGCCUAAUGAUUGUGUUGUUCUUUUUUUCUGGAAGAGAUAUUGAAAGAUGUGAAGAAAGAGGACCCUGCAGGGAGCCGUAGUUCCCCGUCCCUUUUGCUUCGCUGAGCUUAUACGUUCGUCACUCAAAUCCAACAUCUGUCGGGUAAAUAAAAAAAAAAAAAGCUUUGCUCGUCGUUUUAUUCACAUCUCAAGGAGGUAUUCAGGUAUUUUUUAAGCGGCUGUUCUCUUUGAGAUCUCUGUAUGUACAUGACAACCAGAAGUUGAGUGCAAUUUUGCGGGCACGCGGCAACAACUGAAAUAGGCUACGCCUAUAAUAGCGGUGGCACACAUACGAUGCAGAUUUUAAACCAUGCACUCUUCACACUUGCCCUUACUGUAAUGAGUUUAUGUCGAAUGUAUUGAUAGAAACUGAAACGAUACUCACCCGACCAUCCCUUUGGUUGAAUCAGAGCGGGCCUUUUUUUAAAAUGGUGAGACUCAGAACUGAAGGCGUGAGAUGCAAAAUAGGCAGUGAAUGUGAAAUGUUAUACGUUAAUGUACAUUACAUAUUAAAACGAUGCGUAGACUGUUCCCGAAUUGAAGAAAAUCAUGUGCAACGACACAUUUGGUUAAAUAAUGAUCUUAAGAUACUAUACUAUUACUAUAACUAUUAGAAUGAAGCAAAUAAUGCUACUACUUCGGGUUGUAAAUAACUUUGGAUGACAAGAUGUCAGAAAAGUCCUCACUUUUGAUGUUAAGCCAAUUUAAAAAGACUGUUGCAUUUCAAAAUUACAGAAUGUAUCUUUCUGAUACGAUGCACUUUUUAUUAGAAUAGGCAGGGUGGUGACUUUUUCAUGAACUGAGAGCAGCGAGUUGAAAACAGUAAUGAAUGUUAUUGGACUGCAAUGUUUUGUAUUAAUCAAUGUGAAUUUGCACUGUAUGUGAUAUGUUUUUGUAAUUUUUAUGGAUUUGAAAUUGAGCUAUUAGGCUAACAUAGGUUUGUAAAAUGUUUUACAUCCAUGGACAAGGAUUGCUUUUAAAUGGUUUUUGGUUGACAAUUUUGAUUUCACUGUAGUUGGAACACUGGAAACCAUUAUUUCUGAUACUGAUGAUCAAUAUUAACUGUUAAGGACUGUUAAAACAUCUGGAGUAAAUGCUUGUGUUGUUUGUUCUCCUCUCUGUGGUCAGAAAUGCUUUGCUUACAUUUUGUAUGGGCCUAAAUCCAAAAAUGUAUGUAACAUGACCAUUUACUGUAUAUAUAUAAUUUAAUGUCUUAUAUAAUGUUUUCUCUGACAUUCUCUUUAUUUUCUAUAUUUGCAUCCCUUGUUGUGUCCUAUUGUCUGCAUUGUCCAAAAAAGCCACUGUGUGCUUAUGUGACCUUUUAGGAGAUGCCAGUUCUGCUGUCCCAUAAUGAUGCUCCAACUUUGUAUCAAUGAUAUGCUGUAAUGUGUUUGCAGCAGUGUAUUUGCAAAAUUGAAAGAACACCAUCAGUGACCCAGAAAAUAUUGUAUGAUGGUGUCCGCUAGAAGUGGCUGACAUUAUAAAUGGAGGAAAAUAAAUUGAACACUACCUUGUGCAAUGUUUACAGACUUCCCAGUUAGAAUUUGUUCCAAUUAAAUGUUCAUCUUCUGCCAAUACAAGGUUAUAUUCUUCUGUUUUAUUUUCCAUCUUGUGUGUACAAAUAUAUGUGAGAUUGCUUUAUCACCCGGUAUAUGUAUGUGCUGUAGUUCACCAUUCCUGUCUUCUCUUGAGGGUAUCAUUUAAUAGACAUCACUGACGUGUUGUGUAGCAUGUCUUAAAAUGAAAAUAGAAAAGAAAUAAACUGUUUCAUAAGCCAAUAAAGCUUUACUUUGAACUGAAA